AGCUGAUCCUAUAGCUGACAGUUAGUCUUGAUGGCGAGAUACUCGCGACUUGGACUCUGAGUUGCAAGUUAAGGCAACUUUCUCAUAACCUCAGUUAAGGGAUAGGUCAAAAUGUCGGAUACAUCGGAUUCUGAUUAUGAAGGGAAUGAGGGCUUAGUGAGCUUUAUGGUACAUAAUGCAGCUGAGGCUGGGGAUGUUGACUCGCUGGAGCGCAUGCUUGGGCUGUCAGAGACAGCUAGCGUGCCCCUUGCCCAGAGCGUUGUCUACCGGCGCCUGCUCAGCCUCACGGACCGCAACGACUGCACUCCCCUGCAUCUCGCCAUCAUAAACGGCCACCCCGCAUGUGUGAAGGUGCUGCUCCGCGGCGGCGCCUCCCCCUCCCGCGGCUGCGACGGCUCCCCUCCGCUGGCCCUGGCCGCCUGCCUGGGCCUCAGCGCGGAGGAGGGGCGGGCGGCGGCGGCGGAGGGAUGCGUACGGGCACUGCUGGAGGCGGGGGCCGACCCACAUGACAGGGACGACGGCGGGCGCACCUCGCUGCCGGCGCUGGAUCGCCCGGAGCACAUCCUGGCGAUGACGGACCACGACGGCUUCACGCCGCUGCACCUCGCCGCCAGGUGCGGCCACGCAGCCGUGGUUUCGGAGCUGCUCCGCGCUGCCGCCGACUCCGCCCGGGCAGCUGCGGCGGCGGCGGAGGAGCUUGCCAGGGAAGCAGCGGCGGCUGACGCUGCGGGUGCUGCUGCUGCGGAUCCCGCCUCCUCUGCUGCUGCGGUCACGCCGGCUGCUGCUGCUGUCCUCCCCAGCGCCGCCGCCGUGUCCUCCCUACUCCCCGUGUGCGAGGUGGCGUCACUGCUGCGCAUGCGCACCCGGCAGGAGGGGCACACGCCGCUGCACCUCGCAGCGCUGUACGGCAGGGCGGAGGCGGCGGAGGCGCUGCUGGCGGCGGCGGCGGGUGGUGGUACGGCAGGUGGUGUCAAGGCGGCGGCGGCGGUGGGGAAGCUGCUGGCGGCGGCGGAUAAGAAGGGAUACACGGCGGCGGAUCUGGCGCGGCGGCGGGGACACACGGCCCUGGCAGAUGCGCUGAAAGCAGCAGUGGGCGGUAAACCCUUCCAGCUGCCCCCACAAGCCCCCACCUCAGGCGCCGACGCCUCCCUUGCAGCAUCAGCACCAGCAGUCGCAGUAGCAGCCGAUCCCAGCAGCACCACCACUGCCACUACCUCCACUACUCCUGCUAGUGGUGGCAGUAGCGGCAGUAGCUCUAAUCGUACACUGCUCCUGGCCCCGGAUGACUGUCACCUGCACUGCACCGCUCCGGAACCGCUGGUACGCAGCGGUCCCGAGCCGCCUCCGGAGAAUGUGAACCGUCUUCACGUGUUGACCCGGCCGGUGACGGGCAUUCUGCACAACCACGAGUUCUCCGACCUGCUGCACUGGCGCACUCGGGGCAUACCGCAGGCUGCCAUGGUGGAUGUGCUCAAGUGCCACGAGUGGUCCUACGUGCGGGACAUUGUCAAGGCCUGUGAGGCGCUGCCCGACAGCCCCGCCUCCGUCGGCUCGCUGGACCCCGACACCGCCAUCAGCCGGGGCAGCAUGCGGGCGGCGCUGGCGGCGGCGGGGGCGGUGUGUGCGGCGGUGGAUGAGGUGGUGGCGGGCAGGGCCCGCAACGCCUUCUGCGCCGUCCGCCCCCCCGGUCACCACGCGGGCCCCACCGGCACCGUGGUGAACCCCAACGACCCGCACGGCUCGCAUGGCUUCUGCCUGCUGAGCAAUGUGGCCAUCGGGGCGGCCUACGCAAUGAACAUGCACCGCAAUGCGGGCAUUCGCCGUGUGGCUAUCCUGGAUUUUGACGUCCACCACGGCAACGGAACCCAGGCAUGUGUGCUCAACACCGCCCCCUCCGUCCGCUCCGUUCCCAUUCGCACGCCCUUCAGCGAGGGCCUGCAGCGCUUCCCCACCUACAAGCCCUGGCUGGGGGACGGGGAUGUGCACAACAUCUUCUUUGCGAGCGUGCAAGGGUACGGCAACCGCGGCGGCGGCGGUUGGUUCUACCCGGGUUCUGGAGCCACUGCCGACAGCGCCGUCGCCGCCGCCCUCAAACCCUCCUCGCCGCCACCUCCUCAGCCCCAACCUGCUGCUCAGUCAGAGGCGCCAACAGCAGCCCCAGCAGCCCCAGCGGAGGCUGCAAUGACCACACCCACCACGUCCGCCGUUCCCCCGGUCGGCGGGGCCAACACCGCCGGCGAGGGUGCAACGGAGGAGCCUGGUGCGGCCGCUGCCACCCCUGCUGCCGCACCAGCAGCACCGCCAGCACCGCCAGCAGCAGCGGCAAUAUCCG